UCCCCUUCCUGCGGCGCCGAGUGCGGGCCGGGUGGGAGUGCGGCGAGAGCGGGCCGGGCAGAGCGCGGCGCCCGGGAGGCGGCGGCGGCGGCCGGGACGCGGCGCGGGACAGAGACCAGAGGAGCGCGCGGGCGGCGGCCAUGGGCUAGCGGCGCCGGGCCGAGGGGAGGGCAGCGCCCGCGCCGCGCCGCGCGGAGGAGCCCCGCACACAAUAGCGACGCGCGCAGCCCCGCGCCCUUCCCCCGCCCUCGCGCGCGCCCGCCCCCCUCGCGCGCGCCCUCCUCCGCGCCCCGCGCCGCCCGGGGAGCCGAGCCCGCCGCCUCACCUGCCGCCCGGGAGGGGGCGGGCAUUGUUCGCCGGCCGCCGCCGCUGCCGCCACCACCGCCACCGCCGCACUGGGCCAUGGGGGCCGCCCGGCGCCCCGGGCCGGGCCUGGAGAGGUGGUCUCUCCGCCUCUGAGGCGGGCCCCGUGCGCAGGCGGGCGGCGCAGGUGAAGACGGCCGCGCCAUGGUGGACCCGGUGGGCUUCGCCGAGGCGUGGAAGGCGCAGUUCCCGGACUCCGAGCCGCCGCGCAUGGAGCUGCGCUCGGUGGGCGACAUCGAGCAGGAGCUGGAGCGCUGCAAGGCCUCCAUUCGGCGCCUGGAGCAGGAGGUGAACCAGGAGCGCUUCCGCAUGAUCUACCUGCAGACGCUGCUGGCCAAGGAGAAGAAGAGCUACGACCGCCAACGCUGGGGCUUCCGACGCGCCGCGCAGCCCCCCGACGGCGCCGCCGAGCCACGCGCGUCCGCGCAGCGCCCGCUGCCAGCGCCCGCCGACGGCGCCGACCCGCCGCCCGCCGAGGAGCCCGAGGCCCGGCCGGACGGAGAGGGCUCACCGAGCAAGGCCAGGCCCGCGGCCGCCCGCAGGCUAGGGGCCACCGUGGCCGCAGACCGGGAAGACCGGGGCCCCCCCACCAGCGUGGCGGCGCUCAGGUCUAACUUUGAGAGAAUCCGCAAGGGCCACGGCCAGCCCGGGGCGGCGGACGCCGAGAAGCCCUUCUACGUGAACGUCGAGUUUCACCACGAGCGCGGCCUGGUGAAGGUCAACGACAAAGAGGUGUCGGACCGGAUCAGCUCCCUAGGCAGCCAGGCGAUGCAGAUGGAACGUAAGAAGUCCCAGCACGGCCCCGGGCCGGGCCUGGGGGACGCACCCAGGCCCUCUUCGGGCCGAUCCUCAGAGAGCAACUGCGGCUUCGACGGCGACUACGAGGACGCGGAGCUGAACCCCCACUUCCUGAAGGACAACCUGAUCAACGCCAAUGGCGGCAGCAGGCCCCCUUGGCCGCCCCUGGAGUACCAGCCCUACCAGAGCAUCUACGUCGGGGGCAUGAUGAUGGAAGGGGAGGGCAAGGGCCCCCUCCUGCGCAGCCAGAGCACUUCGGAGCAGGAGAAACGCCUUACCUGGCCCCGCAGGUCCUACUCCCCUCGGAGCUUUGAGGACAGUGGAGGUGGCUACACCCCGGACUGCAGCUCCAAUGAGAACCUCACCUCCAGUGAGGAGGACUUCUCCUCCGGCCAGUCCAGCCGCGUGUCCCCCAGCCCCACCACCUACCGGAUGUUCCGAGACAAGAGCCGUUCGCCCUCGCAGAACUCGCAGCAGUCCUUUGACAGCAGCAGUCCCCCGACCCCGCAGUGCCAGAAACGGCACCGGCAGGGCCAGGUCAUCGUGUCAGAGGCCACCAUCGUGGGUGUUCGCAAGACGGGGCAGAUCUGGCCCAGUGAUGGGGACAGCUUGUCCGGCAGGCUGCCUCAGGAUGGCACCUUCCAUGGAGAUGCAGAUGCAUCGUUUGGAACGCCUCCUGGGUAUGGCUGUGCUGCAGACCGGGCUGAGGAACAGCGCCGGCACCAGGAUGGGCUGCCCUACAUCGAUGACUCACCCUCCUCCUCACCCCACCUUGGCAGCAAGGGCAGGGGCAGCCGGGACGCACUGGCCUCGGGAACCUUGGAGUCCACCAAAGCGAGCGAGCUGGACUUGGAAAAGGGCAUGGAAAUGAGGAAAUGGGUCCUGUCUGGAAUCCUGGCUAGCGAGGAGACCUACCUGAGCCACCUGGAGGCCCUGCUGCUGCCCAUGAAGCCUCUGAAGGCUGCAGCCACCACCUCUCAGCCUGUGCUGACGAGCCAGCAGAUCGAGACCAUCUUCUUCAAAGUGCCUGAGCUCUACGAGAUCCACAAGGAGUUCUAUGAUGGGCUCUCCCCCCGCGUGCAGCAGUGGAGCCACCAGCAGCGAGUGGGUGAUCUCUUCCAGAAGCUGGCCAGCCAGCUGGGUGUGUACCGAGCCUUCGUAGACAACUACGGAGUUGCCAUGGAAACGGCUGAGAAGUGCUGUCAGGCCAACGCUCAGUUUGCAGAAAUCUCUGAGAACCUAAGAGCCAGAAGCAACAAGGAUGCCAAGGAUCAGACGACCAAGAACUCUUUGGAAACCCUGCUCUACAAGCCUGUGGACCGGGUGACCCGCAGCACGCUGGUCCUGCAUGACUUGCUGAAGCACACGCCCUCCAGCCACCCCGACCACCCUCUGCUGCAGGAUGCCCUCCGUAUCUCACAGAACUUCCUGUCCAGCAUCAACGAGGAGAUCACGCCCCGCCGGCAGUCCAUGACCGUGAAGAAGGGAGAGCACCGGCAGCUGCUGAAGGACAGCUUCAUGGUGGAGCUGGUAGAGGGGGCCCGUAAGCUGCGCCACGUGUUCCUGUUCACGGACCUGCUCCUCUGUACCAAGCUCAAGAAGCAGAGCGGGGGCAAAACCCAGCAGUACGACUGCAAAUGGUACAUCCCACUCACGGAUCUCAGCUUCCAGACGGUGGACGAGUCAGAGGCGGCUCCCAGCAUCCCGCUGGUGCUGGACGAGGAGCUGGAUGCCAUGAAGAUCAAGAUAUCCCAGAUCAAGAACGAUAUUCAGAGAGAGAAGAGGGCAAACAAGGGCAGCAAGGCCAUCGAGAGGCUGAAGAAGAAGCUGUCAGAGCAGGAGUCGCUGCUCCUGCUCAUGUCCCCCAGCAUGGCCUUCAGAGUACACAACCGCAACGGCAAGAGUUACACGUUCCUGAUCUCUUCUGACUAUGAGCGUGCUGAGUGGAGGGAGAACAUCCGAGAGCAGCAGAAAAAGUGUUUCAAAAGCUUCUCGCUGACGUCCGUGGAGCUGCAGAUGCUGACCAAUUCGUGUGUCAAACUGCAGACCGUCCACAGCAUUCCACUGACCAUCAACAAAGAAGAUGAUGAAUCUCCCGGGCUGUACGGGUUCCUGAAUGUCAUCGUCCACUCCGCAAUUGGCUUUAAGCAGAGUUCAAAUCUGUACUGCACCCUGGAGGUGGACUCCUUUGGUUAUUUUGUGAAUAAAGCCAAGACACGCGUUUACAGAGACACAACGGAGCCCAACUGGAAUGAGGAAUUUGAGAUUGAGCUGGAAGGCUCCCAGACCUUGAGGAUACUGUGCUAUGAAAAGUGUUACAACAAAACGAAGAUCACCAAGGAGGACGGCGAGAGCACAGACAGGAUCAUGGGCAAGGGCCAGGUCCAGCUGGACCCGCAGGCCCUGCAGGACAGAGACUGGCAGAGGACUGUCAUCGCCAUGAAUGGGAUUGAAGUGAAACUCUCUGUCAAGUUCACCAGUAGGGAGUUCAGCUUGAAGAGAAUGCCUUCCCGAAAACAGACGGGCGUCUUCGGAGUCAAGAUUGCCGUGGUCACCAAGAGGGAGAGAUCCAAGGUGCCCUACAUUGUGCGCCAGUGUGUGGAGGAGAUCGAGCGCCGGGGCAUGGAGGAAGUGGGCAUCUACCGCGUGUCUGGAGUGGCCACGGACAUCCAGGCGCUGAAGGCAGCCUUUGAUGUCAAUAACAAGGACGUGUCGGUGAUGAUGAGCGAGAUGGACGUAAACGCCAUUGCCGGAACACUGAAGCUGUACUUCCGUGAGCUGCCGGAGCCCCUCUUCACUGAUGAAUUCUACCCCAACUUUGCCGAGGGCAUCGCUCUGUCAGACCCUGUUGCAAAGGAGAGCUGCAUGCUUAACUUACUGCUGUCACUCCCAGAGGCCAACCUGCUGACCUUCCUCUUCCUUCUGGACCACCUGAAAAGGGUGGCAGAAAAGGAAACAGUGAACAAGAUGUCCCUGCACAACCUUGCCACAGUCUUCGGCCCCACACUGCUCCGGCCAUCAGAGAAGGAAAGCAAGCUCCCUGCCAACCCCAGCCAGCCCAUAUCCAUGACUGACAGCUGGUCCCUGGAAGUCAUGUCCCAGGUCCAGGUGUUGCUGUACUUCCUGCAGCUGGAGGCCAUCCCUGCCCCAGACAGCAAGAGACAGAGUAUCCUGUUCUCCACUGAAGUCUAAAGGCCCAGUUCCAUCUCUGAGAGGCUGGCAGAACGGCCUGGAAACCUCCUGGCAAAUCGGGCUAUCCACAGAGCGAGAACCGGAUCUUCUUGAGGAGUAAUUGGGCUGCCUUGCCCCCAAGGGCUGGACCACCUGCCUAGAGACAGCUACCCAAGGCAAAAGGCUAAGUGGCCUGGGCAGUUAGGGGCCUCAGGGCCCUUUGGGUCUGUGAGCUCCCGCCGGGCCUCAGAUUGCAGUUGUCCAUGCUGCCACCAGAGGGCGCCCCACGCCAGCAUGCCUCGGCGCGCAGGCCUGGCCGUGGGACCAGGCGAAGGGAGUGGUUUCUACGAACUUAACUUACCAGAGUUUAAAAGAUUUCUACUGGAUCACUUGUCAAGAUGCACCCUCUCCAGGGAGAAGGGAACAUGACCAGAUUCCCUCACUAUGGUGUCUUGAAUAAACACUGAUGCUGCUUCAUACCGUGGGGGCCACAGCCCUGUCCCUGUGUGGGUGGGGGCUUUUCAGUUUCCCUGACUUAGAAAUUCGACUCUGUUUGUUUAACAGGGUUUGAAAAGCUAAGUCAACACUGUGUAGCGUUUGACCCCUUUUGCCUCCUUCCUUUUCUUUCUUUCUAGAAGGAGCUCUGUCCAGAUAUGGGUUUUCCUAUUCUGUCCUGUUGCUUUGUUUUUGCUAUUCAUGUCCCCUUGGAAGGCAGCUCCCCAUGGAGCCAUGUAAUGUCCGUCUGUCCGUCUGUCCAGGACCGACAUCAGGGGGAGGGAGGUCCAGGCUGUGCACUUUAUGGCUUCUUCUCCAGGAAUAGUGACCCUGUCCACUGCCUGCUGGGCACAGGCUCUCCUCUUCAGCUUCAAAAGGCCUCAGUCUCUCUGGCUUUCUCCAGCCCAUCACCCCCUCUGCCCAUACCCUCCCUUCCCCUGAUCGUCCCCCUCACCGCACAGAUCACUUCAUUCUCUCGCUCUCUGCUGAACAAACUCAGUACUAACUUUUGUAAAGUUUCCUCUUGGCAGCAACAGCUUGCUGACAGCUUGUUUUAAACUUUGAUCCGAAUAGCCUUUUGAUACUUGAAUAUUUUUAAGUUUUCUACACAUAGUUUCAAAUUUUUUUCCUAACAGAUUCAGAUACCUAAUACGAUAUUAGAAUGUACUCCAUAGACAGUCUGUGCCCCAGUGACAUUUUGUCUUCCUCCACACUCCGGCUCUUUUUCUCAGGAGCCCAUUCUAAAGUCUCCUGAGCGUCAGGAAUGGGGGAAUGUUAGGAGCAGGGGGGAGCUGUUCUGCCAGCCAGGCUCAGGACGCUGGGCUCCUAUCCCAGAGCAGACGGAAGGACAGACACACACACACACACACACACACACACCCCGCCCCUGGCCCCUGCUGCCUGCCUCUCCUGCUCUCCAAAUACCAGUACAGAAGCCAGGACACUCCCAGUAACCCUCCUGACCACCCAGCUUAGAAAAAAGAGAAUGAGGGAGGCCACUAAGUUUUGAAGAAACAAAUCUAUGAAUAGUUGCUCUUUUUUUUUUUUUUUUUUUUUUUUUAAGAAAGGGGUUAGGGUGAGGAGAAAAGAAACCGGGAGAAGCCGAGUUUCCAUGCUGGGCUUGCAAGAGAGGAUGUAGUGAACCAGGGGAGGGAGGUGAUGGCGUGACUCAGGAAAAGGUGUUUGCUUGUCACGUGAUUACACCAGUACCUGGUGGCAAUGUCCCGUGAUCCUUCCCAUGUCCUGCGUGGCAGGGGUGGGGAUGGGAGGGCUCACUUGACAAGGCAGUUCCUGCCUGAACUUGCAGCACAUGGUUGGGGGGGGCAUGUGCCCCCAAACGUCUCCUCUGCUUAUGGACCUAUUGAAGCGGGGAGGCAAGGGGGGCGGCAGAAGACAGUCUCUUGAAGGUGUUAUGUCCACAUACUGUAUUUAUUUCUCAGUGCUUUAUUCUUGCAAGGAGAACAGACCCACCAUUUUAACGUAAUGCUGUUCUCCUGGGGGGCUUAGGGCAGGGAGCGGAGUCCUGUGCCCUCUGCACAUUUCUGGAUGCACAGGGUUUCUCAGGCCUCCCAACUCCAAGCCACCUCUGGCCUGGCUCCCCAUCCCCAUCCAUCUUAGCAACCCACCAGCCCCGCAAGGGGAACACACUUGGCUUUGAAAAUCUAAACCCAGCCCUUGUUUCUGUUCCCCUGGUGUCAUGAUUUGCGUCUGUCGCAUUGAAACUGGAAAGCAAUAUAUCCGUGUCUGUGCCAAUUUUCGUUCCCUCCCCCAUAUCCUCCCCCUUUUUACUUUUUAUUUAUAUAGAAUGUGUGCUGUUUAAUGACGGAAUGACUACUCUUUCUCGUGUAGCUGUAAAAGCGCUCUUUUUGUCGGGCCACAGUGGCAGCGGUCGCUUUGGGGCCCCCGCUGUCCAUGUUGUCCCAUCAUACAUACGGGCCGUGGGUUAGUAACGCCAGCAUAGGGCACCUCGGGGCCUAGAGCCCAGACAUGACCUUCUGCGAGGCUCAGCUGCUGGACUCUGCGGUGAGAAGUGCUGCUUUCCCGCCCUGGCCCCCCGAGUCUGGAGCUGUGAGCUCGGCUGGUCUCAGCAGCUGCAUUUCUGCUUUGGGCUCAGCCCUCCCUAUACCACCAUGAGGCAAAGGACUGCCGACACUUUCAUUAAAGUUACCUGAGACUACUUGUAUCAGUGGCAAUUGCUCCAUUCGGAAGAAAAACCGAGAUUGGAGCCCCUGGGAGGGGCCAGAGGUGGGCAGCGGGGGACAAAGAGGGCCCGAGUGCCCCGGAGGCCGCCUUGGAGGGCAAUACACACAGGCAUGAAGAAGCCAGGCCCUGUGGGGUCGACACACCACAGGCAGAUGAGCAGUGUAGGGGAUGACCCUGGAGCCCUCUGGUUUAGGGGAGUAAGUGUGCCGGCCAUGUCAAGCCCAGGGCCAGGAAGGGCUCCAGCCACACACAGCCAGACCCCUGCACUGGCCCUUUGGUCUCCAUGGUUUCUACUGGCACUGAGGCUUGGGGAACAUGGGUCACCCUUAGCUGCCACCAGCCUUAUACUCAGAAAAAAGCCUGUCUGGCUGACAGGGAAGUUGUGCCCAGGGUGGAGACAGGUGUGGGUCCUGGGUGCUGCUUGGGAGGAGCCAGGGCUGCAGCUCUCCUGGUAGAUAGCAAAUGGCCAGUGGGGGGUCUUCCUCAGACCCCCGGGGGAUGAGGGUCUCCUGGUGACUCCCUGGUCAGCUCCCAGGGGCCGGGGCAAUGUGGUGGACUGGACUGAUUCUCCCUCUGGCUGGCCUCCCAUCACUGCUGCCUGUAGGGCAUCACCAAGGCAAUUUCACUGUGUGGGGCUGUCCUGGGGAGAGAUGGGGCUGGAUGACAGCAACCCUUCACCAGCUUGUGGCGACCUGGAAGAGGUCACACCAGGAGUAUGACAGGAUGCCCUAGGGAUGAGCCUCCACUCUCAGAAUCUCCAAAGGCCUCAGAGCCCUUUCCCACAGCACCCCCAGCAUUUUUCCUCCCACAGGACCUCCUCCUCCAACACCCCUCCCACAGCCCCCCACUGUGGCCCCCACAGUGUAUCCGUGAAGGUAUUGUCUCCCAGCACCCCCUCCCACAGUGAACCCCCUGCAGCACCCUCCCCCAGAGCAUUCUCCCACAGUGCCCCCUCCCACAGGUUUAAGUAUUAACCUUGGGUCUUGCCUGCACUGGAAAAGCUUCACAUACACCAUGCCCUCCGUCUGCUCUAACAUCUGCCAAUGAGGAACAGCCUGCCAUUGGCCCUUCUCCUCCAGAGUAUUUGACCCCUAAAAGGCUCCAGUUAGUGUUAGCUCUCUCUAUCCCUGUAGUCCUGGUCCUAUUUGAAAACCAUAAUCAUAAUAAUAAUAAUAAUAAAUGUUAAUGCCCUACUGCAUCUCUCUUAGUAGGAUUUGAUAUUUCAGGCAAAAGUUGACUGCACCCAAAUGCCUAAGGGCAGGCACCAUGGCCAGCUGAGCCCAGGCCAGUGAUCCCAAAUCUGAGAUCUACCCCAAAGGGCCCUCAGAGGCCUCUUAGUCCAAUCCCUUUACUUGAGAAAUGGGGAAACUGAGGCACACAAAGCCGUGCCCGCCCCCCCACCCCCGCCGCUGCCUGUGUCCCAGAACUGGUCGAUGAGCAGAGGCUAGGGUGUCUGUGUUCAACUGACCCCCAAGCUUGCCCCAUUUCUGCAGGACUGGACAGGGCUAGACCUUGACCACCAGCUUUGGCCUAGACCUAGCAGUGCUCAUGUGGGCACACGAACUGAGGCCUCCAGGUGUCCCCCACACACACACUCUGGACAAAUAAAAGGAGGGCAAAAUUUUGUGUAGAAAUCUCAGAAAAACUUGUAAACCGCCCCCCCCC